AUUUUGUUAACCUAGCAUGUUAAAUACAGUUAGCAAACAAAACCAGGUAGUUAGUGAACCGACGACGUGUGUCCAGUUAGCUAGGUUUUCUGUGUGAUGUGUCUUGUCUUGUCAUUGUUUGUCCCCGGCUGAGGCAGCUUAAUAAACGGCAUGGUGCACACCCUGGCUGAUGCAAUGCUAGAACCAGAUUUAUAAUCCUUAGCUACCGGGUUAGCUUUGACUUUAACGAUUGUCAUGUUUCCUCGAUGAAGUAGUUAACUAGUUAACUAGUUGACCGGCUCGGUAAUCUGCCGCAAAUGAAAAGCGACUCUUUGCGAACACAAGUGAAGCAGACAUAGCUAAACCUCAUGAUGAUGCUCCAGGAUGGCUCAACACAGCUGCUCUGCCUCACAGCCAGCAGCGGGGUCCCUCUUUUCACAAGAGGAGCCUCCAAACAGCUGCCCUUCUCUAUCAUCGGCUCCCUGAAUGGUGUUCACAUGUUCGGAGGUGGUCAGGGAGUAGUGUUGUCCUGCAGUGAGACUGAAGGCGGAGGGACGGUGGUGUGGAGAGUUUUCCAGAACAGUGUGAUACUCAUCGCUGUGAGUGGAGGUGGCGCGGGCAGCACCAAAGAGCAGGAGGUUCGCUUACAACGACUCUUGGAGAAUGUGUGGAAUUGCAUGGUGCUGGUGUUGGGACAGGAUGAACUGGCCAACACGAGAAAUGUUGAGAGGCUGAAGAGAGACUUGCGCUCCUGCUUCGGCAUCAUUGAUCAGUUGCUGGAGGACAGGCAGGAGGGAAUCCUCGGUCACCUGACGCACUGCGUCGAUUCACUGUUGCCUCCAAACCCCAGUAGUCUUCAGGAAGCCGUGAAUGGCUUUGCCCAGGCUGCAGACAGUGAGUUUGGUUGCCUCAUGGUCCAUGGGCGAUUAGCUGCAGCAACUGAGAAGUGGUGGCGCCUAGCACCACAGGAAGUUGUGUUGCUUUCUGCUUUAAUGAGGUCCUUCUCAGGCUCCAGGUCAGUUUCUUGUGAUUACCCGGUUUUCCUUCCUCAGGGGAGCCCCACAGUGGCCCACCGCCUGCUCCGCUUCCAGCUGCUCCCUGGGGCAGAUGUGUAUGUCCUGUGUGGUCCUACCCCUUCCCUGCACAGAGCCGAGAGUGAGCUGGUGGGUCGAUUCUGGUCACCCCUUGUGGAGACCCUAAGAGACUGCCUGGCUGUUGGAGAGCAAUGCUUACCAGGAUCCGUAUCCUUGCGCCCUGAUGUACUGGCUCUUCUUCUCAUCAACCGUGAAACACGCCGCUCAGUCUCCUGUGUGCACACCUCCACUAGUCAUCCACUAGGUGACCCUCCUUUGCCCUCCAAGGCCCGCUGCUGGGAGCUGCUGAAGCUCUUCUACAUCUUCAGCAUGACACGCUACUUCACCCAGGAGGAGACGCUGUGUGUCUCCCCAGAGGAAAGUGCUGAGAGAGGCAACACUGAAGACUUUGUUCAUGGAUUCUCCCACCAGCCAGUACAGUGCUAUCUAGUUACAGAAGAGUGUAAAUGCUAUGGACUUCAGCUGAUCCCACUGUCGGUGCCCACAUUUGUGCUGCGCACAGUGGCCACACAGACUCUCUCUGAUCUAGUCACAGCGACUGGGUUUUAA